AAGCAGCCACAUGCAGCCAAGCGCCGGCCACAAUCACAGCUCCCAGCAGAGGGGGUUCAGAUCCGGUCUUGUCCGGGGAAUCAGUGCUGAGGCUGCACGUUCCUCCUCAUCCCUUGCAGCCUUAACUUUGGCCCCGUCGCUGUAGUCAGUAGGUUGUGCAAAGGAAGAAAGCUGCAAAAAUGGCUGGGGCAAUUAUCGAGAACAUGAGCACCAAGAAGCUGUGCAUUGUUGGCGUGAUCUUGUUGAUUUUCCAAGUCAUCGCCUUUCUGGUGGGAGGUCUGAUUGCUCCAAGUCCCACUACAUCUGUGGCCUACAUGGCAAUAAAGUGCAUUGACGUCCGGAAAAACCACCACAGGACCAAAUGGUUUAUGCCCUGGGGACCUAAUCCGUGUGAAAAGAUCAGAGACUUUGAUGAAGCGAUGAACAGCCAAAUAGAAGCCAACGACAUUGUGUUUUCAGUUCAUGUGCCACUCCCCAACAAGGAGAUGAGCCCCUGGUUCCAGUUCAUGGUCUACAUUUUGCACAUCGACAUUGCUUUCAAGAUUGACAACCAAAUUAAAGAAAAUGCAGAAGUUUUGUUGGAUGUCUCCAUGGCGUACCGCGAUGAUAUGUUCAGUGACUGGCAACAAAUGGCACAAGCAGUAGAGACCCGCAAGCUCAAAUGUACCUUCGGAGCUCCAAAAACCAAAGAGCAUGAAGGCAAAUUCUAUGACUGUGAGGUACUUCCAUUCAUGGAGAUUGGAACUGUUGUUCACAAAUUCUACCUGAUCAAUAUUCGUCUACCAGUGAACGAAAAGAAAGGUGUCAAUGUGGGAAUUGGAGAAAUCAAAGAUAUCCGUCUAGUGGGUAUCCAUCAAAAUGGAGGCUUUACACAAGUGUGGUUUGCAAUGAAAACCUUCCUUACACCUAGCAUCUUCAUCAUCAUGAUUUGGUACUGGAGGCGGAUCAUGCUGAUGACACGGGCACCUGUCCUCCUAGAAAAAGUAAUCUUUGCUCUUGGGAUCUCUAUGACCUUCAUAAACAUCCCAGUAGAAUGGUUUUCUAUUGGAUUUGAUUGGACAUGGAUGUUGCUGUUUGGAGAUAUACGCCAAGGAAUCUUCUAUGCAAUGCUUUUGUCUUUUUGGAUUAUCUUCUGUGGAGAGCAUAUGAUGGAUCAAAGUGAAAGAAAUCAUUUCUCAGCUUACUGGAAACAAGUUGGACCGAUAGGUGUAGGCUCCUUCUGUCUUUUUGUCUUUGACAUGUGUGAGAGAGGGGUGCAAUUAAAAAAUCCAUUCUACAGUAUCUGGACCACAGAUGUUGGCACUGAGUUGGCUAUGGCAUUUAUUAUCGUUGCCGGAAUCUGCCUUUGUCUCUAUUUCUUGUUCUUGUGUUUUAUGGUGUUUCAAGUGUUCAGAAAUAUCAGUGGCAAACAGUCCAGCCUCCCAGCAAUGAGCAAAGUUCGCAGGCUUCAUUAUGAGGGGCUGAUUUUUAGAUUCAAGUUCUUGAUGCUGAUCACGUUAGCUUGUGCUGCCAUGACUGUAAUAUUUUUCAUUGUCAGUCAGGUGACUGAAGGCCAAUGGAAAUGGGGGAACCUCACAGUUGAAGUGAACAGUGCCUUUUUCACAGGGAUUUAUGGGAUGUGGAAUCUUUAUGUCUUUGCUCUGAUGUUCCUGUAUGCACCCUCACACAAAAACUAUGGUGAAGAUCAAUCGAAUGGAGACCUGGGAGUCAACUGUGGAGAGGAACUUCAGCUCACUACAACCAUAACCCGCAUGGAUGGGCCAACAGAAGUUUACAAACUAGCUCGCAAGGAAGCCCAGGAGUAACCAUGAAAGCGCAACUCAUUAGGCACAAACUGCAGGUGACACACGGAAUGAUGAUGGUACUUCCUGAUAAGGAUAUGUGUCUGAAUGAAAUCAUCCCAAAAGUGCCUAGCACUGAUGGUGUAUUUUCAUAGAAUGGUAGCAACUUGGCAAGAAAAGUUGGAAAUGCUGCUUGAUAAUGGUGUAUCUUUCUUUGGGGAAGGGGCUCUCAUCAGAUUUGACUUCUUUUCCCAACACUCCUAGUUUGUCUUGAGAAUAUUAACUCCAAAAGAAGAAAAAAGAGAGAAUGAGAGUUGACUUAGUGAAAGGAUAGGUGCCCAUUUCCUUGUAUGACCUUUGGAUCAAUAUCUCAUUAAUUAUCAACACACCUGCUGCUGCUUCUGCUAUGGACAUUUUUGGGAAACAUAUCUGAACACUUUAUGUUCUUUCUAAGUUGAGGUUUUAUUCCAUAGUUUCCAAUGCCUACAUUUAGAAUCAUUUUUGUUCUUUAUUUAUAUCACACUUAUGCAGUUCAGUUAAUAUUUACAUGCUUUAAUAAACACAUUCAUGGCUUCUUUCAUAGUUUAGCGUAACACUACUUUUUGUAAAGUUUUGGUACAAAAAGGGCAUUUCAGCUUUAAGUCAAACUGUGUGUAUGAGCGCGAGAGAAAGUGUGUGUGUGUCUGUGAACACUAACAAGUCUAUCUGGUGUAGAUACCUUUUUAUAUGCCCUAAUAAUCCCUGUUUACUUGUAUGAUACAUAAUCCAUGGAACUGAAAGAGUGUGCGUGUAUGUGGUUUUAAAAUGUUGUUCUUUUUCUUUUCUUUUAAUAAAUGCUCCAAGUAACCUGGGGAAUACUGUAGAUCUUUUUUUUGUACUAUGAAUAAAAUAUACAAAUGUUA